AGGGGGGCAGUGGCAGGUAGAUUAACUUCUAGUGCCCCAUGGAGACCAGCUCCCUCCAGCGAAGGUUUAAGCUCUGGCAAGUGGUGGGAAAAGGAGCAGAGCCUGAACCCCAGCCCUUCUUGGAAAUCAAGGACAGGAGAAAGCACUGGAGGGUUGAGUAAUUGGGGCUGUUACACAAGCCAGAGAUGGACAGCUCCCAGCCCCUCAGUAACAGAGAGAAGCAGAGAAGAAUUAACCUAUAGGCUGCCAAGAGGAGGAGAGAAAGAAGGAGCUUCCAGAAGUACCAAAACGGUCUUGGGGACAAGAGCAGAAAGAGAUUUAAGUUUCGGCACCCGUUGGGACGGGACUCAGCAAUAUGUAGGUCAGAAAUAUCAAGGCCGGAGUCCUGGAAAAAAGGGCAAAAGUCUAGAAUUUUAUUUGUCCUGGUUCUUGUGGGUGGCAACUUUAGUGCUACUGGUAAUUUUCUUGGGCAUCCUUUGGGUCAAGAUGAUGGGACCUGCUCUUCUGGAAGAGUCCAUGGAGAAUUUAAAGCUGUUGACCGUGGAUUGUGAAAAAAGCACAGAUGUUUACUGUCAGGAAAAACAAGAAGAAAUUACAACAACCAUAUUGUAUGAGUUGUACGACUAUCUUGCAAUUCAAGCUGGCAAUUAUGAGUGUGGCAAUCCUGAGAAUUUAGAAAGUAAAUGCAUACCAUUUAGUGUGGCCACGGACUAUAUAGAG